AUGGAGCCCGGCCGCCUCUUUGCUUGGGGUUUGGCCAUGGGCAGACGAAGAGCCCGACCGACGCCCCUGCUGAUGAUUGGAAUUCUUGCAGCCUGCAGCCGGAAGGAAGCAGAACGUUUGUCGCGAGCCUUCCUAAGUGCACUCAGCAGCCUGGCGCCAGCAGUGCCUGCAGCUUGCCAACAAAGGUCUCUGGCUGGGCACGGAGUUCCUUGUCGCGCCGUGCCCAGCGGUUCCGCGUGCAGAGACGGAGUGAUUGUGAGCACCCAGGCUUGGCUGCGGGAGUUCGUGGCCGGCGAAGGGCUCUGCCCGUGGGCACUCGGGGCCAAGGCACAAAUCCGACACUGCUUGCAUGGUCCCAAAUCCUGGGAGCUCUGCAUGGACGACGUUCUCGGGCACAAGCUGCGGGCCUGGAUGGCAAGCGACAACGCGACAGCUGCGCCCACCACGCUCACUGUCUUCUCCGAUGAGGGCUUCUCGGGAAGGUCUGGGCUGAAGCACUUCGGAAGGCUUUGGCGAGAGUGCGCAGCGGUCGCCUCGAAGGAUGACUUGGAGCUGCUGGCCUUCCAUCCGCUUCGCGAGGACCAGGGGCCCGGGUGCCGUGCAAGUCCGCUGGAUGCAGGUCACUACAGCACACGUGCGCCGUGGCCGACUCUUCAGCUUCUUCGCAAGGAUGACCUGGAACGAGCCCGAGACGAAUGGAAAGCCAGGCACAAGGACUCAGAUCCUGGAGCAUUCGGACUUCUCCUUCGCAACAAGGCUCGUCUCCGAGCCCUGGGCAAUGCAGAGCUUGCGGCGCGCUUCGCCGACUUCCGUGGAAGCUACGGCGCCUUGGGGAUCGGAUCCUGGGCCGAUUGUUUCACUCCCACCGAAGUGUGGUUUCCCGAAGAGGACGCAGAGGCGCAGAGGCGAGUGGUGUCAGUGUACCAGGUGGCUGCGGGGACCAAGCAUUCCGUGGCACUGACCACCACCGGCAGUGUCUUCACGUGGGGACACGGCGGGCACGGGAGGCUUGGGCUUGGCCAGGCCAAGAUCCGCGGCCAGAACUCCUACAGUGCCGAGUUCGAGCCAAGGGGUGCGGAUGCCCGAGGUCGCUGCAGCCACAAGAGGCUCUUUGACCCCGCGAUGUCCUACAAGAACACCGUCUCCCUCCAAGACACCUGCGCCCAUCAGAGCCCUGGCCGAUCUGAGAUCUGGGAGGUGAUGGUCAGAUGGUCUUCGUGUGGACUCAUGCCUAGGUAUGCACCGCGCAUGAUGCGUUGGAAUUCAAGCGGCAAUGCUGCCUUCUGUGCAGGGUGCCAUGAGGCAGAGGAUGACGAGGUGGAGCUGGACUUCUCACCACAGCCAGGGGAUGGUUCGCCCCUUUUCGUGCCAUGCCAGCAACAGCAAACUGAUGCCGGAAGCACAGGCUCCGGUCGGCGAGCGGAGCCUCGAGGUCAGCGCUUCGCUGAGGCUUGGCUCCGCCUGGCCCGCAUCGUCCUGUUGGAGCUCGGCACUCGUGGCCCCGAGCCGCCGGCAGCAGUUCGCAGCUCGUUCCACGCAGGCCGCGAGGCGCACAGCCGGCAGCAGGCGCUAGCGGGCCCGGAGGUUUGCCUCAGCUACCUGCUGGAGCAGUCUGUGACAUGGAUCGAACCCGAGUCUGACGAGGACGAUUUCCAUUCACCAAAGGCUUCGCUUCAGAAGCCCCCGGAUGAGGAGGAUGAGGAAGAGGCCCAUCCUGCGAUGAAGGCAAUCGCACGGCAACAGCGAGCCCCAGCCGCAGUCCUCGAAGGGGCCUGCCAUCCCCAUGUCCUUGCCAUGCCGGCUGCAAAUUCCUCGGAGCAGAACCAGCAGAUCAUUUUGAAGCAGGAGCUUGACGAGGAUGUUCUCUUCGAGCACUUCCUGAGGCUUCGUCGUGAGGCGCGCUGGCGCCAAGAGCUCGGUCAAGGUGCCCAGCCUUUGGAAGACAAGUCUGGGAGUGCUGCCGCCGCUAUCAGCCAUGCCCAACAGGCCGACCCGAUUGCCAGCCACGCAGAUGUGGUUUCCUCUCGCCAGGAGGAGCAGGCCCUUUCCUUCCUGGAGAAUGGGGUCGUGCGUGGCGGGGCUAUGCCAGCAUUGCUUGAGGCAGCUGAUCGGGCCGCUGGUGCAGAACGCAUCGUUCUCUUGGAGGCCUUGGAGAAGACGGCACGGCAGUCAGAUCCGGAGAUUUCCGGCCGCCUCUCCCGCUUCGUGGAGUUGGGGGGCUUGGAGCUCCUCCGGAAGUGGCUAUCAGAACCCGAGGAAGAGACCAAUUGCCUGCGUGCCUGCUUGGUGGUGCUGCGGCUGCUGCCCCUCAGCCGCUCAGAAGUGGUUCUGUUGAAUCUCGCUCCUUUGGCGGCCAGACGUGCUGCGGAGCACCCCGAGCUCCGAGAGGAGGCGGCACUGUUGGCCCGCACCUGGAGCAACUCUUUUCACCUGAAGGGCGAAGCUGCCCGCAAGCGGAAGCUCGAAACAGAGGAAGCGGCGACGCUCAGCGAGAUCUCGCACCUGGGCCAGAUGAUCGAGCGACAGCCAGGUCCCAAAGAGGAGCCAGCUGAGAGCUCAAAGGAGCAGCUGGUGGAUGAGCACUUCGAAGAUCCCUUCGCGUGA